AAGAAUGACAGGGCUCCAGCUGAACUGAGGUGAAGUGGAGAUUCGAUUGGCAUUUUCCUCUCCGCUUGCAUGCCCGGGUCAGUGUUCCAGUUCUCGUGACUACUUGACACAGCAGGCGUGCUGGGGGCUGUUAGUUCCUUGUGGCUGUCGUCAAAAUGGUGAUUAAGGUGUUUGUAGCAACGUCCUCGGGAUCUACAGCGAUUAAGAAGAAACAGCAAGAAGUAGUGGGCUUUUUAGCAGCAAACAAGAUUGACUUUAAAGAACUGGACAUAGCUUGUGAUGAAAACAACAGAAAAUGGAUGAGAGAGAAUGUUCCAGGUGAAAAGAAACCACAAAAUGGAAUCCCUCUCCCACCACAAAUCUUCAAUGAAGAACAGUAUUGUGGGGAUUUUGACUCGUUUUUCUCUGCAAAAGAAGAAAAUAUUAUUUAUUCAUUCCUAGGCCUUGCCCCUCCACCAGGAUCAAAGGAAGGGUGGAUUACUGAGGAGACUGUGCCAAAUGGUGAAGUUUCAGAAGAGCAAAAACCUUUGGAAGACACUGAAAUAUCUGAAGUUACUGAAGAGAAUGAAGAACACACAGAAGACAAUGCAGAAGCAAUUGCUGUUUCUACUGAUGAGCCAACAGUAGAACAGGUAGAAGAAGCUGAAGAACAGCUGGAAGAGACAGAAGUACAGUUACCUGUUUAAAUCCUCUCUUGUAGCAUG